UAUAUUAUUCAGAACAACCGGUAUUUGAAAAUCAUCGUAUCGCCGUAAUUGUACAAACGUUCUUUACAUCAAAAUCCGCUCGAUUUUCGAACUGGGUCCGUUACCUUUUCCGAAAUGGUCCAAGAACUAAGUCUUGUUUCAGACCCUAUUGUAUUGCAUAUUUGGUCUUGCCUUCACAAUUAUGCCUACAAUGAUGCUUUAUUUGCAGCUGAAAGAUUAUAUGCUGAAACACACAAUAGCGAAAGCCUUUAUAUACUGGCAACCAGUUUGUAUCGAAUCGGCAGGCCGAGACAAGUUAAUAAACUACUCAACUCUGUCAAUUCGUUAUCUCCUAAGAGUCGGUUAGUUUCUUAAAAAUGGAUUUACAUUCGCUUAUUAGAUACUUGCUUGCAAAAUGCUACUAUGACAUUGGUUCACUAACGGAGGCUGAAGAUGCUAUACUGUUUUCUGGUCUUUCUUCUUCGUCCCUAGACGAGAUAACCAGUACUUAUGAAGAACAAUCUUGCUACGUUUUGCUACUUCUAGGGGAUAUUUGCAAACAUCAAGGAAGACUUAGUGAUGCUAUUAUUUACUACAAAAAAUGUCUCGAAAUGAAUCCCCUUAUGUGGUCUGCAUUUAAAAACCUCUGUAAUAUCGGUGAAUAUGUUGAGCCUUCCUCUGUUUUCCAGAAUCCUAGCGGGCUUAAACUUACAACACCUGUGUAUGCCGUUAUGCUCGACGAUCUACACAGUAAUCCGUAUGAAAGUGCUUCACGAGAAAACGUCAACCCUCAAAACUGUGAGUCUUUUACCACUCAGGCUUUAAUGUCGUCAAAAGAUUGUGAAAGUAGUGAUCAGGAAACAUUUGUUGAUGCAGAUUUUCUGUACACCAAUCAACGUCAUUUUGUCUCGUUUUGCUCUAGAAGCUUUAUUGGUGAUUUGGUACCUUCUCUCAAACCUGUAGACGUUCAUACCCCAGACAAGGUUAUGCCUUCUGCUUUGUCUCCGAAAGCUCCAAAACCUGUUAACCGAGUUGCACGCAAAUUGGCACAAAAUGUAAACUCGCAGUCCAUGAAACCAAAUGUACCUCGUUUUGGUUUACUUUCAUUUUUUCCUCAAAGUCCCAUGUUCGCUUGUGUUCCCGUAUUUUCAAAAAUUUCUGAGAAUCAAACUACAUCUCCGGAAUCAAUCCUCUCGAAAGCUGUGCAGUUGCCUUCAAGUCAGUGCUUACCAGAGUUACAGUUUACUCUUAACUCAUUUAAUAAUAGCCAAAAUGAUAUAACCUGUUUCCAAAUCCCUCGUCAGCGAAAUGAUACUUCAUGCAACAACAACACAACUAUGGGGACUAAAAGGGCCCCUCAUAUUGAUGAAUCGAAUGGAGACAGAAAUGCUGCGUAUAACGUCAAAAUUAAUACAUCUGUUACCUCUUCAGAGAAAUCUAAUGCUCUCUCCGAUACACCGACCAGUGCUCUACGUCAUCUUGUCUCCACUGCAGCAUCUAAUCUUGGUUUUCUAACGCUUGAGCCAAAUGUUACUUCAACUACCACCUCUCUUGUCAGCACACCAAGUGCCCGUCUUGAGCCACCUCUUUUACGUAGUACUUCUCAACGCAAUUUGUAUCCUACGCCCAGCGCCCGCCACAACCGCGAUUCUCUCUCAGUAUUGAGAUCAAAUUUGCAGUUCUUCAAUCCUGCUUCUCAAAGUCCUGGCAUGUUAACUUCUUCUUCAACACCAAGACCACUUUCGAGUCAACAAACAUCUACGGGGUGUCGAGCUGUCGAGAACACCACUUCUGUAGACAUUUCUACAGGUGGACCUCGGACAAGGUCUCAGGUUGCAGCAGCUGCAGCUGUAGCCAGAGCUUCUGGGAUUCAGAGAAAGUCGAAUAGAUUUUUAAGAAGCCGAGGUCAGAACCGCAAGUUUGAUUCUAAAUUACUACUAUCGGACUCGACGGGAAACUCUGCAAACAUGCAACCUAAAAUAACCAGUUCAGGUGUAUAUCCUGACCCCAGUUCCUUUAAAAGUAUACAUACUUCUACAAAUGAAGAUGCACCAGAUUUCGGAUGCAGCAAUCAUUAUAAUGCACCCUUGUCAAUCGAUGCCCCACCUAUAACAGAUGACCCGAGAAUGCUCUCACUACAACAGUAUUUAAACUUGUUAAGUCAACUUGGCAAAGCUUAUCAGAUGUUGGUGCGACAUCAGUGGCGUUCAGCUACCCGUCUACUUUUAAAACUUCCAAGCUCUCAACUUCAUACUGGUCGUGUUUUGGCGUGGGCAGCUCGUGCUCAUAUGGAUAAUUCAGAUUAUCAAACAGCUCAUAAGUUGUUCAAUGAAGCUCGUCGUAUGGAACCAUGGCAGCUAUCUGGAAUGGACUUCUACUCGACAGUAUUAUGGCAAGUCCAAGCUGAUCAGGAAUUAUCACAAUUAGCUCAUGAUUUAUUAGAACUUGAUCGUAAUGCUCCUGAACCUUGGUGUGUAGCAGGUAAUUGUUUCUCUUUGCAAGGUGAACAUGAAGCGGCUAUUAAAUUCUUCCGUCGUGCUCUUCAGGUUUCACCUACAAGUGCUUAUGCUUGGACACUUUUGGGUCAUGAACAGUCAACUCUAGAAGAGUUUGAUCGAGCACUAGCAGCUUUCCAGUUCGCCUUAAGAAUUGAUCCAAGACAUUAUAAUGCUUUGUUUGGCAUCAGUAAUGUUUAUUACAAACAAGAAAAGUUCGAUCUUGCCGAAAAUUACUUGGUUCGCGCAGUUGCACUUUUCCCUCAGUCACAUUUACUUUUGACUCAUCUUGCAGCUUUACGCAGUCGACUAGGUAGACUUGAUGAUGGGUAUGGAAGUGCAAUGGAUUUGAUUAGUCGUGCUUGUAAAAUUCAACCCAACAAUCCACUAGCUCGGUACCACAAAGCAUCUAUUUUAUAUCAUCUUGGACGUUAUUCUGAAGUAUUAUCGGAGCUUCAAAAACUUUUGGUUUUAACUCCACGUGAGGCUAUGGUUUACUUGAUGAUUGGACACACCUACAAAAAACUGGGAAAUACACCACAAGCAAUGAUUCAUUACUCAUGGGCUAUGGAGCUUGAUCCUAAGGGUGCUAACAGUCAUCUGAGAGAUAUAAUGACCAACCCACCAAUUUCAAGUCGCGGGAUGAAUCGACAAGACACUUCCGAGUCGGGGGUUUGCGUGGGGGGCCAAAACACCGGCAACUCGGCCAGACCACAUUUCAGCUCAUUUCAACUUGGUGUUUGUGCUAACUUCGAAGAAGAGGAUGGUAAUGAGAUCAUUGACCGAGCUUCAGGAGCAGAUGAAGAAAUGGUAAACAGUUUGCUUCAUCCAUCACAAAGUGUGACUCGUUCAAACUUAGUUCGCCGACUGACUGAUUUCUCGUUACUGUAUGAAAUGGAAGGAUAUGAACAGGACCCUGUAAUAUCUGAUGCAGAUGAGGAGCACUACGAUACGAUGGAUUUGAGUGGUGGAGUUGAUAGUAGAACUGAGCGCAGCGUACCAGACGACUGAAGCAACUACCUUCGUCUUCUCUUAUGUGAUAUUGAUGAAACACCACUUUUUAUUUCCAUCCCUUAAUUUUGGUCAGUCUUAUUUACUUUCAUAUAAAACAUAUACAGGUUUCGACUCAAAGCUCAACGUGUAUAAAGUUUUAUUGCACAUGUGUUGUAUCGAAUUUUCAUAUAAAUAUAUGAUCAUUACAAAACUAAAAACAGUUGUACAUAUGCCUUUUAUUUUAAUUUGGUAAGAUAUUCAGCUACAGUCCUUACACUAUAUAUAAUACCUAUUUUGAAAUUCCAUCAUUUACCUAUUUGUUUUCAGAUACAAUCAUUUCAUCAGUAGUGUGUGCUUAUAUCUAUGUAGAUGUUUUAUGAAUCUAUACCGGCUAAAACAGUCAAGUUAAGCUUUUCCAGUGCUCAGCUUCAUCGCACUACCUACAUACACAGGUCAUUAUAAAACUGUGGGUAAUGUUUAUAUUCUAUAGAACACUAGUUCUUGCUAGAGUAUAAUGUCGCUCAGUUAUAGAUGAUGUAACCCAUCACAUAAGCACAGGAAACUAGCAAGUUAAGCG